AUGCUGAUAUCAUUCCUACCAGUCAAUCUCGCACUCUCAUUUGCCCGCCGUGGCAUCAAGGCUGGUAUUCUCGACACUGAUAUAUUUGGCCCUUCAAUCCCGACUCUGCUCAAUCUCUCCGGCGAACCCCGGCUAGAUGAAAACAACUGUCUUGUGCCUCUCACAAACUAUGGGCUGAAGUCCAUGUCAAUGGGCUAUCUUCUUCCUCAGACGCAAUCAGACAGUACAACAGGCGAGGUCCCAAUGGACUCAACACCCAUUUCCUGGCGCGGACUCAUGGUGACAAAAGCCAUGCAACAGCUCCUCCACUCCGUCUCAUGGGGUCCAUUGGACGUCCUAAUCCUCGAUCUGCCCCCAGGAACUGGAGACGUACAGUUAACAAUUAAUCAAGAAGUCAUCAUUGACGGGGCGGUAAUCGUCUCAACCCCCCAAGACAUUGCCCUUCGCGAUGCAGUUCGCGGAAUCGGCAUGUUCCAGCGUAUGGAAGUACCUGUCCUCGGAAUGGUCCGCAACAUGGCCUUCUUCGCUUGCCCUCAGUGUGGGCACCAGACUCGCAUCUUCUCACAUGGUGACAGCCACCAUCAUGAGCAUGGCGAGAACCACGGAGUCGUGGCCGAAUGUAAGCGCCUUGGGGUCGACUUCUUGGGCGAUGUCCCUCUCGAUGCUCGUGUAUGCGAAGACGCAGACAGGGGUAUGCCUACCGUUGUGGCCGAAGAGAGUGCUGAGCGUAGUGCUAGACGUGAAGCUUUCAUGGGUGUCGCUGAGCAGGUAGCUAAGAAGAUCGGUCUGGACUGGCGCUGA